UCACAGACUGGUCUCCUCUGAGUUUCAUCAUGUUGACUCUGAGGAUCACAGGACUGAUCCUGAUGGUUGGAAUCACUGUUGGUAUCAUCAGAACCAGAGGGACCAGUGGAGGAGAACUUCAUCUCUAUCACAGAGCUGGAGAUGAUGUUGUUCUACCUUGUAGAAGUCCUUUAUCUUCUUACUUAUGCCCCAUUGUUAACUGGGUUUACUUCAGAGAUCCAAGCACAAACCUUUCAUUUGAUGUUGAGGAUGGAAAAGUUGUUGAGAGUUCACCUCGAGCUGCCAGGUUAAAUGUGGACAGUAACUGCUCUCUGAUCAUCAACAACAUCACUGCUGAGGAUGCUGGACGUUACUUCUGUGGAUAUUCAGGAAUCCUCUAUGAUGACAGUCUGCUUCUGGAUGUUUUGACCAUCUCUCCCUCUCCACCAGAGGAUGAUCCAACAAAGGAUGGAGAUGUCACAUUAAACUGUUCUCUGGAGAGAUACAGUGGGUUGGAUCCGUGUCCAGAGAACAGCCUCUGCUGGGUGGAUGAGACAGGAACUGGGCUGACUGGUGAAGGUGUUGGGUUCAAGUUAAGACCAAGGAGAUGUGCUUCCUCUCUGACUGUGCAACAUCAGAGUGGCACCAACAGAACAUACACCUGCCGGUUUGUUGUAGAGAACAUCGUGGAGGUAGACGCUCACUACACAGUUGUGUUUGAAGGGACCAGUGGAGGAGAACUUCAUCUCUAUCACAGAGCUGGAGAUGAUGUUGUUCUACCUUGUAUCAGUCCUUCAUCUUCUUACUCGUGCUCCAAUGUUAACUGGUUUUACAGCAGAGAUCCAAGCACAAGCUUUCCAUUGGAGGUUGAUAAUGGAAAAGUUGUUGAUAGUUCACCUCGAGCUGCCAGGUUAAAUGUGGACAGUAACUGCUCUCUGAUCAUCAACAACAUCACUGCUGAGGAUGCUGGACGUUACUUCUGCCGACCUGGUUCAGGAACCACCUUAGAUGGCAGUCUGCUUCUGAGUGUUUUGACCAUCUCUCCAUCUCCACCAGAGGAUGAUCCAACAAAGGAUGGAGAUGUCACAUUAAACUGUUCUCUGGAGAGAUACAGUGGGUUGGAUCCGUGUCCAGAGAACAGCCUCCUCUGGGUGGAUGAGACAGAAACUGGGCUGACUGGUGAAGGUGUUGGGUUCAAGUUAGAACCAAGGAGAUGUGCUUCCUCUCUAACUGUGCAGCAUCAGAGUGGCACCAGCAGAACAUACACCUGCCGGUUUGUUGUAGAGAACAGCGUGAAGGUAGAAGCUCACUACACAGCUGUGUUUAAAGGGACCAGUGGAGGAGAACUUCAUCUCUAUCACAGAGCUGGAGAUGAUGUUGUUCUACCUUGUAGAAGUCCUUCAUCUUCUUACUCGUGCUCCAUUGUUAACUGGUUUUACCUCAGAGAUCCAAGCACAAACUUUCCAUUGGAUGUUGAGGAUGGAAAAGUUGUUGAGAGUUCACCUCGAGCUGCCAGGUUAAAUGUGGACAGUAACUGCUCUCUGAUCAUCAACAACAUCACUGCUGAGGAUGCUGGACGUUACACCUGUCGACCUGGUUCAGGAACCACCGUAGAUGGCAGUCUGCUUCUGAGUGUUUUGACCAUCUCUCCAUCUCCACCAGAGGAUGAUCCAACAAAGGAUGGAGAUGUCACAUUAAACUGUUCUCUGGAGAGAUACAGUGGGUUGGAUCCGUGUCCAAAGAACAGCCUCCUCUGGGUGGAUGAGACAGGAACUGGGCUGACUGGUGAAGGUGUUGGGUUCAAGUUAGGACCAAGGAGAUGUGCUUCCUCUCUAACUGUGCAGCAUCAGAGUGGCACCAACAGAACAUACACCUGCCGGUUUGUUGUAGAGAACAGCGUGAAGGUAGAAGCUCACUACACAGCUGUGUUUAAAGGGACCAGUGGAGGAGAACUUCAUCUCUAUCACAGAGCUGGAGAUGAUGUUGUUCUACCUUGUAGAAGUCCUUCAUCUUCUUACUCGUGCUCCAUUGUUAACUGGUUUUACCUCAGAGAUCCAAGCACAAACUUUCCAUUUGAGGUUAAGGAUGGAAAAGUUGUUGAGAGUUCACCUCGAGCUGCCAGGUUAAAUGUGGACAGUAACUGCUCUCUGAUCAUCAACAACAUCACUGCUGAGGAUGCUGGACGUUACACCUGUCGACCUGGUUCAGGAAACAUCAAUGAUGGCAGUCUGCUUCUGGGUGUUUUGACCAUCUCUCCAUCUCCACCAGAGGAUGAUCCAACAAAGGAUGGAGAUGUCACAUUAAACUGUUCUCUGGAGAGAUACAGUGGGUUGGAUCCGUGUCCAAAGAACAGCCUCCUCUGGGUGGAUGAGACAGAAACUGGGCUGACUGGUGAAGGUGUUGGGUUCAAGUUAGAACCAAGGAGAUGUGCUUCCUCUCUAACUGUGCAGCAUCAGAGUGGCACCAACAGAACAUACACCUGCCGGUUUGUUGUAGAGAACAGCGUGAAGGUAGAAGCUCACUACACUGCUGUGUUUAAAGGGACCAGUGGAGGAGAACUUCAUCUCUAUCACAGAGCUGGAGAUGAUGUUGUUCUACCUUGUAGAAGUUCUUCAUCUUCUUACUCGUGCUCCAUUGUUAACUGGUUUUACCUCAGAGAUAUAAUCACAAGCAUUUCAUUGGAGGUUAAGGAUGGAAAGGUUGUUGAGAGUUCACCUCGAGCUGCCAGGUUAAAUGUGGACAGUAACUGCUCUCUGAUCAUCAACAACAUCACUGCUGAGGAUGCUGGACUUUACUUCUGUGGACUUGGUUCAGGAAUCCUCUAUGAUGACAGACUGUUUCUGGAUGUUUUGACCAUCUCUCCAUCUCCACCAGAUGCUGAUCCAACAAAGGAUGGAGAUGUCACAUUAAACUGUUCUCUGGAGAGAUAUAGUGGGUUUGAUCGGUGUCCAGAGAACAGCCUCCUCUGGGUGGAUGAGACAGGAACUGGGCUGACUGGUGAAGGUGUUGGGUUCAAGUUAGAACCAAGGAGAUGUGCUUCCUCUCUAACUGUGCAGCAUCAGAGUGGCACCAACAGAACAUACACCUGCCGGUUUGUUGUAGAGAACAGCGUGAAGGUAGAAGCUCACUACACUGCUGUGUUUAAAGGGACCAGUGGAGGAGAACUUCAUCUCUAUCACAGAGCUGGAGAUGAUGUUGUUCUACCUUGUAGAAGUUCUUCAUCUUCUUACUCGUGCUCCAUUGUUAACUGGUUUUACCUCAGAGAUCCAAGCACAAACUUUCCAUUUGAGGUUAAGGAUGGAAAAGUUGUUGAGAGUUCACCUCGAGCUGCCAGGUUAAAUGUGGACAGUAACUGCUCUCUGAUCAUCAACAACAUCACUGCUGAGGAUGCUGGACGUUACACCUGUCGAUCUGGUUCACGAAACAUCAAUGAUGGCAGUCUGCUUCUGAGUGUCUUGACCAUCUCUCCAUCUCCACCAGAGGAUGAUCCAACAAAGGAUGGAGAUGUCACAUUAAACUGUUCUCUGGAGAGAUACAGUGGGUUGGAUCCGUGUCCAAAGAACAGCCUCCUCUGGGUGGAUGAGACAGGAACUGGGCUGACUGGUGAAGGUGUUGGGUUCAAGUUAGAACCAAGGAGAUGUGCUUCCUCUCUAACUGUGCAGCAUCAGAGUGGCACCAACAGAACAUACACCUGCCGGUUUGUUGUAGAGAACAUCGUGAAGGUAGAAGCUCACUACACUGCUGUGUUUAAAGAUUUCACGGACUGGUCUCCUCUGAGCUUCAUCAUGUUGACUCUGAGGAUCACAGGACUGAUCCUGAUGGUUGGAAUCACUGUUGGUAUCAUCAGAACCAGAGGGACCAGUGGAGGAGAACUUCAUCUCUAUCACAGAGCUGGAGAUGAUGUUGUUCUACCUUGUAGAAGUCCUUCAUCUUCUUACUCGUGCUCCAUUGUUAACUGGUUUUACCUCAGAGAUCCAAGCCCAAACUUUCCAUUGGAUGUUGAGGAUGGAAAAGUUGUUGAGAGUUCACCUCGAGCUGCCAGGUUAAAUGUGGACAGUAACUGCUCUCUGAUCAUCAACAACAUCACUGCUGAGGACGCUGGACGUUACACCUGUCGACCUGGUUCAGGAAACAUCAAUGAUGGCAGUCUGCUUCUGGGUGUUUUGACCAUCUCUCCAUCUCCACCAGAGGAUGAUCCAACAAAGGAUGGAGAUGUUACAUUAAACUGUUCUCUGGAGAGAUACAGUGGGUUGGAUCCGUGUCCAAAGAACAGCCUCCUCUGGGUGGAUGAGACAGGAACUGGGCUGACUGGUGAAGGUGUUGGGUUCAAGUUAGAACCAAGGAGAUGUGCUUCCUCUCUAACUGUGCAGCAUCAGAGUGGCACCAACAGAACAUACACCUGCCGGUUUGUUGUAGAGGACAGCGUGAAGGUAGAUGCUCACUACACAGCUGUGUUUAAAGGGACCAGUGGAGGAGAACUUCAUCUCUAUCACAGAGCUGGAGAUGAUGUUGUUCUACCUUGUAGAAGUCCUUCAUCUUCUUACUCGUGCUCCAUUGUUAACUGGUUUUACCUCAGAGAUCCAAGCCCAAACUUUCCAUUGGAUGUUGAGGAUGGAAAAGUUGUUGAGAGUUCACCUCGAGCUGCCAGGUUAAAUGUGGACAGUAACUGCUCUCUGAUCAUCAACAACAUCACUGCUGAGGACGCUGGACGUUACACCUGUCGACCUGGUUCAGGAAACAUCCAUGAUGGCAGUCUGCUUCUGGGUGUUUUGACCAUCUCUCCAUCUCCACCAGAGGAUGAUCCAACAAAGGAUGGAGAUGUCACAUUAAACUGUUCUCUGGAGAGAUACAGUGAGUUGGAUCCGUGUCCAGAGAACAGCCUCCUCUGGGUGGAUGAGACAGGAACUGGGCUGACUGGUGAAGGUGUUGGGUUCAAGUUAGAACCAAGGAGAUGUGCUUCCUCUCUAACUGUGCAGCAUCAGAGUGGCACCAACAGAACAUACACCUGCCGGUUUGUUGUAGAGAACAGCGUGAAGGUAGAAGCUCACUACACUGCUGUGUUUAAAGAUGUUCCUGUCAAUAACACCAUCAUCAUCGUCAUCAUCAUCAUCAUCAUCAUCAUCAUCAUCCUUGUAUCAGUGAUCGGGGUUCUGCUGCUGCUGGUUGUUCUUGCUGCUGUUUUUGUCAAACUCAGGAAAACCAGAAUUAAAGAGGAUCACAGAACCACAGCAGAAAAUCAAGGUUCAACCCAUGAAAGUCUUGACUAUGAUGAUGUGCAGAACAACCUGACCUAUGUCACUGUUGACCAUUUAAGACAUAGAAAUGAUGAGGAGAUAAAGGUCAAACAGGAUGAAGACACUGUGACUUAUUCUGCUGUCAGGACUAAAAAGAAGAGAGAGGCGGACAUCGAUCCCAGCGGUCUCUACAGCUACAUCACUAAGUCACAAUUAACCAAAUAGGGAAAUGAGACGUCUCAUCACACCCCCAGCUUUUAAUAAACCUGUUUACAGGAAGUGGAUCAUUGGGUUUGAGUUUUAGCGAUACCAUCAGCCAGCAUUCAUUUGUAGCUCGUGUUGCAAUUUUUCUGUUGAAUUUAGAUGAAUUUCUAAGCAGGAAUUUACAGUUACUGAGUUUUGACAGAGCUUUGCUUUAUUUGUAAAAUAUGUUUGCUUCAUGUACUGAACUAAAAAGGUGCAACAUGAUUAUUUAGUGAGUGGUGCAUUGAAACUCAUGUGUGAACAGAACGAGACAUAUUCAAAGAUAAUUUAUAUUUGAUGAUACAAUAAAUUCAUCAUCCUGUAAAAUAUAACCUUCUGCCAUCAAAGUAGAACCAAACUCAGGUGCUGUUAGUCAGUUUAUGGUUCAAGACACUGAGCUGCACACCUGACCACGGUGCACCUGACCUUUUAUCUAAAAUGUUCAGAUCUGAGUUUUUACAGGAUUUUCCUGAAAGGAAAUUUACUGAAUAUCAAAGGUUUUAUAGCAAAUUGUUUAGAACCUUUCAGCAACCUUGUUACUAAACUGUGACUCUGUCAGCGGGACUGGCUUCUCAUUACCUUCAGAGUCCAGUUUGAAGAUCUUGGUUAUGACUUCUAGAGCUCUGCAUGGACAAGCCACUCCAUGCUUCAGGUCAUGUGAUCUGGGCUGACUGUACAGAUGCAAGACUGGAAGCUGAAGGGGAGCUGAAGAGAUUUUGUACCAGACAGAGACCCCCAGAAUGUGGACCUGUCUCCAUCUGAGCCUGAAAUCUGUGGACUCAGUAGUUUCUUUUUAUAAGCAGCUAAAACUCAUCCUUUCUAACUGGGUUUUUAUUAAAUAUUGUUUUGGAGGUUUCUUUUAGUGACUUUAUCUUGUUUUGAACCACAUAGUAAAAACCUGUAAUAUGUAUAUUAAUACUUAAUAAAAUACUUAAUUUAGUGACAA